AUGGGUCCCGUCAUGCCUCCCAGCAAGAAGCCGGAAAGCUCAGGAAUUAGCGUCUCCAGUGGACUGAGCCCGUGUUACCGGGGCAGUGGUCUGUCCAAGGCUCUUCAAGAGGAUGAUGACCUCGACUUUCCCCUGCCUGAUAUCCGCUUAGAAGAGGGGGCCAUGGAAGAUGAGGAGCUGACCAACUUGAACUGGCUGCACGAGAGCAAGAAUUUGCUGAAGAGCUUCGGGGAGUCUGUCCUCAGGAGCGUCAGCCCCGUCCAGGACCUGGACGAUGACACGCCCCCGUCCCCCGCCCACUCAGACAUGCCCUACGAUGCCAGGCAGAACCCCAACUGCAAACCCCCCUACUCCUUCAGCUGCCUCAUAUUUAUGGCCAUUGAGGACUCCCCGACCAAGCGCCUGCCAGUCAAGGAAAUCUAUAACUGGAUCUUGGAACAUUUUCCCUAUUUUGCAAAUGCACCUACUGGGUGGAAAAACUCAGUGAGACAUAAUUUGUCCCUGAAUAAGUGUUUUAAGAAAGUGGACAAAGAGAGGAGUCAGAGUAUUGGGAAAGGGUCCUUGUGGUGCAUAGACCCAGAGUAUAGACAAAAUCUCAUUCAGGCUUUGAAAAAGACACCUUACCACCCGCACCCACACCCGCACCCUCACGUGUUCAGCACACCUCCCACCUCUCUUCAGGCUUAUCAAAGCACAUCAGGUCCACCCAUCUGGCCAGGCAGCACCUUCUUCAAGAGAAACGGAGCCCUUCUGCAAGAUCCUGACAUUGAUGCGGCCACUGCCAUGAUGCUUUUGAAUACUCCCCCUGAGAUACAAGCAGGUUUUCCCCCUGGAGUGAUCCAGAAUGGAGCGCGGGUUCUGAGCCGAGGGAUCUUUCCCAGCGUCCGGCCAUUGCCCAUCACUCCCAUUGGAAUGACAGCAGCCAUGAGGAACGGCCUGGCUGGCUGCCGGCUGCGGACUGAGAGCGAGCCAUCGUGCGGCUCCCCGGUGGUCAGCGGUGACCCCAAGGAGGACCACAACUACAGCAGCGCCAAGGCCGCCAGCGCCCGCAGCGCCUCGCCCGCCAGCGACUCCGUGUCCUCCUCCUCGGCCGAUGACCACUACGAGUUCACGGGCAAGGGCGCCCCGGAGGGCAGCGAGGGCAGCUUCCAGAGCCACGAGAGCCACAGCGACACGGAGGAGGAUGACAGGAAGCACAGCCAGAAGGAGCCCAAGGAGGCCCUGGGCGACAGCGGCUACGUGGCCCAGCACAGGAAGCGACAGCACCUGGCCAAGGCCAGGAAGGUCGCCAGCGACACGCUGCCCCUCAAAAAGCGACUCACGGAAAAGCCCCCUGAGAGUGACGAUGAGGAGAUGAAGGAGGCAGCCGGGUCCCUGCUGCACUUGGCCGGGAUCCGGUCCUGUUUAAAUAACAUCACCAAUCGGACGGCAAAGGGGCAGAAAGAGCAAAAGGAAACCACGAAAAAUUGA